CGGCGGCGGUGGCGGUGGCGGCGGCGGCGGCAGCUCGGGAGUGCUAUGACCGGCAAACUCGCCGAGAAGCUGCCGGUGACCAUGAGCAGUUUGCUAAACCAACUGCCUGACAAUCUGUACCCCGAGGAGAUCCCCAGCGCGCUCAACCUCUUUUCUGGCAGCAGCGACUCGGUAGCCCAUUACAAUCAGAUGGCUACAGAGAAUGUGAUGGACAUCGGUCUGACCAACGAGAAACCCAACCCGGAACUCUCUUAUUCGGGCUCCUUCCAGCCAGCCCCUGGCAACAAGACCGUGACCUACUUGGGAAAGUUCGCCUUCGACUCCCCUUCCAACUGGUGCCAGGACAACAUCAUUAGCCUCAUGAGCGCCGGCAUCUUGGGGGUGCCCCCGGCCUCUGGGGCACUCAGCACGCAAACCUCCACGGCCAGCAUGGUGCAGCCGCCGCAGGGGGAAGUGGAGGCCAUGUAUCCGGCGCUGCCCCCCUAUUCUAACUGCAGUGAUCUCUACUCGGAGCCUGUGUCUUUCCACGACCCCCAGGGCAACCCCGGGCUCGCCUAUUCCCCCCAGGAUUACCAAUCGGCCAAACCGGCCUUGGACAGCAAUCUCUUCCCCAUGAUUCCUGACUACAACCUAUACCACCACCCCAACGACAUGGGCUCCAUUCCGGAGCACAAGCCCUUCCAGGGCAUGGACCCCAUCCGGGUCAACCCGCCCCCUAUUACCCCCCUGGAGACCAUCAAGGCAUUCAAAGACAAGCAGAUCCACCCGGGCUUUGGCAGCCUGCCCCAGCCGCCGCUCACGCUCAAGCCCAUCCGGCCCCGCAAGUACCCCAACCGACCCAGCAAGACCCCGCUCCACGAGCGGCCCCACGCGUGCCCGGCGGAGGGCUGCGACCGCCGUUUCAGCCGCUCGGACGAGCUGACCCGGCAUCUGCGCAUCCACACGGGCCACAAGCCCUUCCAGUGCCGGAUCUGCAUGCGGAGCUUCAGCCGCAGCGACCACCUUACCACUCACAUCCGCACGCAUACGGGCGAGAAGCCCUUUGCCUGCGAGUUCUGCGGGCGCAAGUUUGCGCGCAGCGACGAGCGCAAGCGCCACGCCAAGAUCCACCUCAAGCAAAAGGAGAAGAAGGCGGAGAAGGGGGGUGCGCCUUCUGCGUCCUCGGCGGCCCCGGUGUCCCUGGCCCCUGUGGUCACCACCUGCGCCUGAGGCUCGGGCCCCCAGAUCACACUUUUCCCCUCCAGUGUCUCCCGGCUGCUGGCCUGAAUGCAGCCGGAAAGCUAGCCACGGAGGCGCAGGGGCCGCGCCCUGGCCUCUCCAUGGACGUAAGGCCCCUUGUUUCCCUUCGCUGUCCCCCGUUUCCACCCUUUCACACCGGCCAACGGUCGGGGGCCAGGGCAGGAGGCGCCUUCCCCUUGCUGCCCCCCAUUAGCCAAGGCGUGGGGGCGGAAUGGUGGCGUCUAGCCCGCUUUGUUCAGUUGGGAUCGUCUUGAUCCAGGGGCCGCCGGGCCGGGCCAAGGACCUGCGGGGGACUGAAGGCUGGGCCCGCCCAAGCCUCGCUGGACCCAAGCACCUCAUGGUUCCCCCCACGUCUCCCUCGGUUCCCCAUCGAAGACCCGAGAGGGGGAGGGGGUAAGGAGCGCACCAAAGCGCAGAGCUUGCUGCCCGCCGCACGCACGCGCGCCUGCGUGCGGGGAUGCGCGCGAGUGUGCGUGCUCGCGUGAGUGUAUGUGUGCGUGUGUGUUUCUGUGUGUGCGUGUGUGUUUCUGUGUGUGUGUGUGCGCGCGCGCGCGCGCACGUGUGUGUGCGAGACUCUUGAGCUGAACUGGGCUAUGUC